GAUAUCUCGGAAUCACGUAUUUCUUCGUCCCACGCCCUCUUCCUCCUUUGUUUUUGCGCUCUCUCUUUCGCAAUUUCAAUUCAUUUUCAUUCGUUCGUUCGUUAAUAAUAAAAACAAAACAAAACAAAACAAAGCUACAACAAACAACCCUCACUUCUUUGUUCUUUCUCUCUCUACCCCAACAAACCCUGCUCUCUUUCUCUCUCUACCACAACUUUCUCUCUCUAGGGUUUCAGCACCAGCUCUCAGUGACGCUCUCCACUCCUCGUGAUCCACCGCACCGAUCAAUUUCGCCGUUCCGCCCACGAUUCCCUUUUGUUUUGCUUGCUCAGGGCAAAAGGGUUGCUUUGCUUGCAAACAAAGGUAGUUGUGGGCAGUUUGAGAUUCUUUUGUAGUGUUGGUGAGGAGGGAAUGUUGCUUGAUGCUUGAUGAUAGUUGCUAUGGACUUGAAUGCAUCGCCAGUCCCUGAGGAAGAUGAAGAUAUCUUUGAGGGACAUGUUGUCGAAGAGUACCAUGCACCAGAGGAACGUGUUGAAAGUGCAGUUGACAUAGCACGCCGGUGUAAGUAAGAUUCUAGAGGAUUCGGGAAUAUCAUUCUAUUCUAAGGUGGGCAUGGGUCCUUUCUUUUCUAAGGAGCGCGAAGAGAGAAAACAACGAUUGAAGAGAGAACGCUCUGAUGACAGACCUGGGCAUUUAUCACAGUCACGUGGAUAUGAUCAGUUGUUUCAAACUAAGGCCCUUAAAUCAUAUGAUAAAAGUAGGCUUCCACCAGGUUGGUUGGAUUGCCCUUCAUUUGGCCAGGAAAUUUUUGGUAUGAUACCUUCUAAGGUUCCACUUGGUGAAUCAUUCAACGACUGCAUUGCUCCUGGUAAAAGAUACUCAUUUAAACAAGUGAUACAUCAGAUGAGAGUCUUAGGGAGAAAACUUGGCUUGGUAAUUGAUUUGACAAAUACUACUCGGUACUAUCCAGUGUCAGAUUUAAAGAAAGAGGGUAUUAAGCAUGUAAAGAUCCAAUGCAGGGGGCGCGAUUCGGUACCUGAUAAUUUGUCUGUGAAUCAAUUUGUCUAUGAGGUCACACAAUUUGUAUCACGUCAAAAACACUCAAAGAAGUAUAUACUUGUUCACUGUACUCAUGGACAUAAUCGUACUGGAUACAUGAUUAUCCAUUAUCUAAUGCGUACUACAUCAAUGUCUGUUACUCAGGCAAUAAAAAUAUUUUCUGAUGCACGCCCUCCAGGAAUCUACAAACCUGAUUACAUUGAUGCAUUAUAUGCAUUUUAUCAUGAAAAAAAGCCUGAAAUGGUAAAUUGUCCUCCUACUCCAGAAUGGAAGAGAUCUUCUGAACUUGAUCUCAACGGUGAAGCAGUUCCAGAUGAUGAUGAUGAUGGAGAACCAGUCCCCCAUUUGAAUGAGAACCAUGAGACAGACACUCGGUUGACAAAUGAUGAUGUUUUGGGAGAUGAGAUACCUUCUGAUCAGCAGGAUGCAUUCCGGCAGUUCUGUUAUCAAACACUUAAAUUGGGUGUUGGGCCCAGGGGACAUGCACAAUUUCCAGGUUCACAUCCAGUUUCUCUUAACAGGGAGAAUUUGCAGUUGUUACGACAACGUUAUUAUUAUGCAACAUGGAAAGCUGAUGGUACAAGAUAUAUGAUGCUAAUAACGAUGGAUGGGUGUUACUUAAUUGAUAGAAAUUUCAACUUUCGAAGGGUCCAAAUGAGGUUUCCCUGCAGGGGUACAGAGGGUUUGGGCGAGAAGACCCAUCACUUCACAUUACUUGAUGGUGAGAUGAUUAUAGAUACAUUGCCAGAUUCACAUAAGCAGGAGAGAAGAUACCUUAUAUAUGAUCUGAUGGCAAUCAACCAUUUAUCAGUGAUAGAGCGACCCUUCUAUGAACGGUGGAAGAUGCUUGAGAAAGAAGUAAUUGAACCUAGAAAUACGGAAAGGCAACAUAUUUUCCAGAGCAGGAACCCUUACUACAGAUAUGACCUGGAACCAUUUAGGGUGAGGAGGAAAGAUUUUUGGUUGCUCUCUACUGUCAGUAAGCUUUUAAAGGAAUUCAUUAAAAAGCUUUCACAUGAGGCAGAUGGUCUCAUAUUUCAGGGCUGGGACGAUCCAUAUGUACCACGAACUCAUGAGGGCCUGCUAAAAUGGAAAUAUGCGGAGCUGAAUUCAGUGGAUUUUCUCUUUGAGGUCGAUGAUGAUCACCAGCUACUUUUUCUCUAUGAACGUGGAAAGAAGAAACUAAUGGAUGGGAAUCGGGUUGCAUUUGGAGAUGAUUCAGAUCCCGCUGAUUAUUCUGGAAAGAUCAUAGAGUGCUCUUGGAAUUCUGAUAAUCAGGAAUGGGUAUUCUUGCGAGUGAGGACAGAUAAAUCAACUCCGAACGAGUUUAAUACAUACAGGAAGGUUAUGCGAAGUAUUAAAGAUAACAUCACUGAGGAGGACUUGUUGAACGAAAUAAAUGAGAUAAUUCGCCUUCCCAUGUAUGCUGACCGUAUAAAAGCCGACAGUAAAGCCACUCAGCAUGCUAUUAUGGCAAGGCGAAAUCGGUGAGGCACAUGUUGGGUAUUGUGCCUUCAAUUUUUCCACUGGUGGGAGAAUGAGAAUGAGAGUCGGAUGUUAUUUUGUGACAUCAGUUGAAACCAGCAGCAGGUCUAUCCACUGAUGGUCUGAAGUUGUAUUGGUUUUGGCUAUUCAAAGGUUGCUAGAUCUAUAGUAUGUAAUUAGUUUAGGCGUUGCGGUAAUUACUGCAGUGCAGAUGAGUUUGUAUGAUGCAGUUGGUAGUUGGUACCGCCUCAAAUUCUAGCGUUGAAUGCAUUCCUAUGGUUGUCCUGAUUAGUAUAGUGUUAGGCUUAGGAUAUCAAUGUAUAUUAUUAAUUUUUCUUUUGAGUAGUAGUGAUAUUAUAAUGUUAAAAAGUGUAGCCGUUUCUUAGGUCAGUUCAUUUACAUUUAUUAGAUUUUCUUUUUCAGUAUGUUAAUAUUAAUGUGUUCAGAAGUAACAGGCCUUCCAUUGUUUGGGAAACUAUCCAGCUCAUGGUUCCUCCCUCGUUAGCACUUGAGAGGUCACUACUUUGCUAUUUCUAAUUUAAUGCAGAGUUGUAUUAUUUGCACUUGGAUGGAUA